AGUUGGAAUAUGGACGAGAACUCGAUACGACAAGCCGAAAUCGGCGCUGUUAAACAGCUCUUGAAUCUGCCUUCUGAUGCCACAUUUGAUAAGACAAUUAGAUCAUUGCAAAAAACCAUCUCUGCUGCUAGGAAAAUUAAAAAUGUUAAGACAAAAUUAGGUCAAUUGUUGAAUGUUGCAGAUUGCGAGGUCGAGCAAAUGAUUAGCAUGUUUGAAGAGAUUGUUAAAGAGAAUCAAGAGUUGAAACAGCAGGAUACUAGGCAGAAGAAUUUGAUUGGACAAUUAAAAGAGGAUUUCAGUCCAGUUUCCAGACCUUUAACCUUUCCAGUUCUCAGACCCUCUGCCUUACCAAAGAUAAGCCUUUCUGAAAGUGCCAGACUGCCACCAAUUAAAGAAGAGAAUAAACUAGAAACAGCCUUAUCUAUAAACAAAAAACUCUUUCAAGAAAUGUCCAAAUCGAGAUUGUUUAAAAAGUUCAGAGUGACGCCCGAAGGAGGAAAAUUAAUUUUCGAUGACUAUAACGUUAAAGUUUUUAUUCCGCAGAAUUCAGUUACAAGAAAUUGUUCAAUUGUUUUAAUUCUCAGUUGGAAUAUUAAGGAUGCUCCGAACUUUGGAGAACUUGUCUCUCCCAUCUUUCAAAUAUAUCUUACUACAAAUGAAACGCAAUUAACUAAAGCCAUCUUCUCCUUACCAAUUUCUCCUAUUGGACCUCUGAAGCUUAUCCAUUCGAAACACCAAUUCGCCUCCAAACCCAACUGGCAGAUAGCCAGCGAAGAAAACUUUUCGUGGACAGUAUUAAAGAAGGACUGCAUUGUUAACACUAGUCUUCUGGGAUCAUUUGCCUUGGUGGACUGCUCUAACGAGGAGCACAAACCGAACGAAGCUCAUUUUAACACUAAGAAUCGGUUGAGUGAUAUCGAAAGAAUAAAAGAGAUCAAUAUUCCCGUCCUACCAAAGAACGCAAUUGAUGAAUUUCUAAACGAGCUCCCAACCGAAGCCAUUCAAUCCGGACUGUCUAACAAAAUACGAAGGAGUUUAACAACUGCUUAUGCCAAUCAUGCCCAUAGCUUGCUUACAAAAUUGAAUUUAGAAGAGCUAGACACCUUUAUCAAAGCGGAUAAGGUCACCUUACUCAAUAUUUUAGAACUUAUUUCUGACAGUGAACACUUGGAGAAGAUAAUCUUUGCAGUGAGCGAAGAAGAUAGCAGUAUUAACGCGUGUAAUGUCUAA